AUGAUUUUUCUUUUCACAGCUAGAGUUGGAAAAACGUCACUGAUUAUGUCUCUGGUCAGUGAAGAAUUUCCAGAAGAGGUUCCUCCUCGGGCAGAAGAAAUCACCAUUCCAGCUGAUGUCACCCCAGAGAGAGUUCCAACACACAUUGUAGAUUAUUCAGAAGCAGAACAGAGUGAUGAACAACUUCAUCAAGAAAUAUCACAGGCCAAUGUCAUCUGCAUAGUUUAUGCUGUUAACAACAAACAUUCUAUUGAUAAGGUUACAAGUCGAUGGAUUCCUCUCAUAAAUGAAAGAACAGACAAAGACAGCAGGCUGCCUUUGAUAUUGGUUGGGAACAAAUCUGAUCUGGUGGAAUAUAGUAGUAUGGAGACCAUCCUUCCUAUUAUGAACCAAUAUACAGAAAUAGAAACCUGUGUGGAGUGUUCAGCAAAAAACCUGAAGAACAUAUCAGAGCUCUUUUACUAUGCACAGAAAGCUGUUCUUCAUCCUACAGGACCUCUGUACUGCCCAGAGGAGAAGGAGAUGAAAUCAGCCUGUAUAAAAGCCCUUACCCGUAUAUUUAAAAUAUCUGACCAGGAUAAUGAUGGUACUCUUAAUGAUGCUGAACUCAACUUCUUUCAGAGAAUUUGUUUCAACACUCCUUUAGCUCCUCAAGCUCUGGAAGAUGUCAAGAAUGUAGUCAGAAAACACAUAAGUGAUGGUGUAGCUGACAGUGGAUUGACACUGAAAGGUUUUCUGUUUUUACACACACUUUUUAUCCAGAGAGGGAGACACGAAACAACUUGGACUGUGCUUCGACGAUUUGGUUAUGAUGAUGACCUGGAUUUGACACCUGAAUAUUUAUUCCCCCUACUAAAAAUACCUCCUGAUUGCACUACUGAAUUAAAUCAUCAUGCAUAUUUGUUUCUCCAAAGCACCUUUGACAAACAUGAUUUGGAUAGAGACUGUGCUUUGUCACCUGAUGAGCUUAAAGAUUUAUUUAAAGUUUUCCCUUAUAUACCUUGGGGGCCAGAUGUGAAUAACACAGUUUGCACAAACGAAAGAGGAUGGAUAACCUACCAGGGAUUCCUUUCCCAGUGGACGCUCACGACCUACUUAGAUGUACAGCGGUGCCUGGAGUAUUUGGGCUAUCUAGGCUAUUCCAUAUUAACUGAACAAGAGUCUCAAGCUUCAGCCAUUACGGUAACAAGAGAUAAAAAGAUAGACCUGCAGAAAAAACAGACUCAAAGAAAUGUGUUCAGAUGUAAUGUAAUUGGAAUGAAAGGCUGUGGGAAAAGUGGAGUACUUCAGGCUCUUCUUGGAAGAAACUUAAUGAGGCAAAAGAAAAUUCGUGAUGAUCAUAGAUCCUACUAUGCAAUUAACACUGUUUAUGUGUAUGGACAAGAGAAAUACUUGUUGUUGCAUGAUAUUUCAGAAUCGGAAUUUCUAACUGAGGCUGAGAUCAUUUGUGAUGUUGUAUGCCUGGUAUAUGAUGUCACGAAUCCCAAAUCCUUUGAAUAUUGUGCCAGGAUUUUUAAGCAACACUUUAUGGACAGCAGAAUUCCUUGCUUAAUUGUAGCCGCAAAGUCAGACCUGCAUGAAGUUAAACAAGAAUAUAGUCUCUCACCUACUGAUUUCUGCAGGAAACACAAAAUGCCUCCACCUCAAGCCUUCACUUGCAAUGCUGCUGAUGCACCCAGUAAGGACAUCUUUGUUAAAUUGACAACAAUGGCCAUGUACCCCCAUGCCCGGUUACGCUGUAUGUGCACCUGCAACAGGUGUACAUUUUGCAUCUGUCAGAACUUCCUCAACUCAGACUUGCUGCAAUCUGUAAAGAACAAAAUCUUCACUGCAGUUCUUAACAGGUUAAGAGCCCGGGUAGCUGAGUGGGGUGCCAUGCUGUUGGCAGACGACGAAAGCAGUAUUGCUCACCAGGUGCACGCUGUCAGCUCUGUAGAAGAUUCCAUCUUCAUGGAGUCAUCUCAUGGUCCACUUUUUCUUGAAGUCAGGUAACAUUUCCUGUGACCAAUGAGUGGUCUUGUUGGAGUUUUUCCAACUAGAAAAACUGAAGCCUAAAUAUUUUCUUCCCUAACUUAAAAACAAAACAAGAAACAUUGCCUGUUGGAAGAACUAACUUGGAAGGUAGAAUGAACCUGUGUUUGCUUUGUAAAAAUAAAAAAUACUAUGUGAGAAGUGAUUUUUUGAUAGAAACUGGUAAGGAUAAGAAACUGGAGUGCUGUGUGUUAUUUGGUUGUGGAGCAUUGACUUGCAUUGUUGCUUGUUUCUAGGGAUGUACAGACUGCAUUUUGUGAUAACUAAUCCAGUCUUUCUGUGACUGUCACUGAGGCAAAGUAGUUUUGAACUCUUGGCUCUUAACUUUUUUCCUUACGGCAGUGUCUUGGUCUCACUUUUGCUUCAAGCCUAUUUAACUUAGUGUAAAAUAAUCUAAACUAGACAUUCUCACUAAGCUCUAAAUUCUGGAAGGUUUUUUAACAUCACCUCAAUUGUGUCCACUUAAUUAAGACUUCAUUGACACUUGAAUAAAAUGUUCCAACCUUUGCUUUAAAACUUUAUCUUCUUUAUGGUAAGCUGUCAUACUUGAGACUUUAAAGGGGAUUUAGCUGUGUGAUUAACUGAGCAUGCUCACAAACUCAGUUUGGAGUACAGGCUGCCCUGUUUUUGUCAUGUAUAAUAUGUCUCUUUUAUGCCAUUACCUUUCAACCCAUCAUGUUACAUUAUGUCCUUUAUUUGGUACCAUUAUCACUGCCUGUCUGACUAACAUCAGGGUUUUAAUUUGGGGUUUUUUUUUUUUUUUCUUUAAUUGGCAGUAACAAAGCAAACUGAUAAAUCCUCCCCUUUCCCUUUAGGAUUUUUUUUAUUUUUGGUAGUACUUGGGGGUUGAACUCAGGGCCUAGUGCUUGUGCCAUGCUGCUAGUGCCCCCUUUGGGAUAUUUUUGGGGUAAAAUUCUGUGGGGCUUAAUUUUUCCAUAGUUGAUUUUAAUCAUUGCUCUUUAAAAAGUAUUAUCACUUGUCGCUUAACUGCUUACAUACUUUUUAUUUCUGGGAACAGAAGAUUGCACUUUAUUUAUAUUCCAUUAAUAUGACCUUCAAAAUUGUGAGAACCCAGGCUUAAUUUUCAUUUUGUUGACUGUGGUAGUAUUAAAAAGUGGCAGAUUGAUUUAUCUAACUUCAUUUCUCACGUGAAGAAAAUGUAUAACAUUUUAGAUUUCGACUCCCAAGCAGUAGUUAAGUGCAAAGACAUUUGUCUUUUCUAAUGUCUGUAUCAUGUCACUUUCUUAAGAUAAUUCUUAUCUAAGCAACAUGUACAUGGCUAUAUUGAUAAAGGCUUUUGGUAAGCAUUACUGUAUGCAAUGAGCUUGACAAGUAUGCUAAUACUUCUCCAAAGUGUGCUGUUACCUGACUGGUGUAAGAUUUUCCUAC